AUGUCUCGAAUUGCAAAGGACCUCGCGAAAGCUGCUCCGUGGCACGUCCAUCCGCGUCCGGCACUCAACUCCGGUCCUUCAGCUAGCCCGGGAUGGCAGGCGUUCGGCAGCUCGAGUCCCAGCUCUACACCCAUCACAAACCAUAGUCCCAGCGGUGGCAGCUCACCUACAUCCUACAGCACCAGUACUUCCACAUCAACUGCACCUUCCACGCAGCCCUUUCAAGACGUAAACGUUACAGCAGCCCUGGCCGCUUCUGCUGGUGCCUCUGCCUGCAACUCUCCCUCGAUCGCCAUUAUUGGCGCCGGCAUCGCCUCGUUACGCCUUGCGACCUUGCUACUCCGUUCCUUGCCCCCGACCGCCACGCUCACGAUUUUCGAAGCCCGUUCUCGCAUCGGCGGCCGUCUGGCGCAGACCCUCGUCGGCGACCACCUCGUCGACCUCGGCGCCAACUGGAUCCACGGCGUGGCGGGUAACCCCAUCGCGAAGCUCGCAGAACGGACGGGAACCUCAACGCUGGAGCCGGAGGAAAGCUGCGACAUUUUCGAUGAAAGGGGCCGACGCAUGAGCGUGGUCCGCGCGGCGGAAACUGCCGGGCUGGUGUGGGAGGGCGUCGUGGACGCGUUCCGGUUCAGCGAUGAGCACGGUGAUGCGGUGCCUGCGGAGCGCAGCCUUUAUGAGUGGUUCGAGGAGCGCUUCACGAAGCUGUCGCAUGGCUGGGAAGGCAGUGAGGCGGACCGUGAGAUCAAGCUUCGUGAUGUGUUGAACGAGACGCACAUGUGGGGUCCGUUCGUGGGCGAUCCCAUUGAGAGGCAGAGCCUGAAGUUCUUUUGGAUGGAGGAGUGCAUUGAUGGAGGCAACGUCUUCGUAGCGGACACGUACCGGAAGAUCCUCCGGGAGGUGGCGAAGCCUGCCUUGGAUGCGGGGAUCGUGAGGUUCGACAGUGAGGCUACCGGGAUUGAAGUUUUGGAGGCUGAUCAAGGCGUAAAGGUGACGCUGCGCAAUGGCGAGCAGAGUGCCUUCGAUGAGGUGGUGUGCACGGCGCCGCUGGGAUGGUUGAAACGCAACAAGAGCACCGCGUUCACCCCCCGCCUGCCGAAGCGGAUAGAUGCGGCCAUUGACAAUAUCUCCUACGGACGCCUCGAGAAGCUGUACAUCUCCUUUCCUGAAGCCUUCUGGCUUGAAGAAGCUUCGCCAUCAACCAUCACGAGUCCCCCCAAUGCAGUAAGCGGGUCUUCAGCAGACAAGUCCAGGGAUCCACCAACAACACGGCCACUGGCCCUGUUCACGCACUUCCACCAUCCCUCGCCCUCGUCCUCCUAUCACCCCUCCAUCCCCCCCACCGAAUCCCCACCAACAUGGAACCAGAAUCUCGUCUCCCUCGCACACCUCCCCGGCUCAGCCGCCCAGCCGACCCUCCUCUUCUACGUCUACGGCGCCUGCGCCACCACAUUGGUCAAGUCCGUGCGCGGCCUGGAGGUCCAGGGCGCAGAGUACAAUCGCCUGUUGUGGAACUUUGCGCGGCCCUGGCUGGCGAAACUGCCGGGCUACAGAGAGGGCGGGGACCGGUGUCGGCCCGUAGAAAGGGGAAUGUUGGUCACGCAGUGGCAGAACGACGAGUUUGCGGGGAAUGGGUCGUACGCGAAUUUCCAGGUGGGGUUGCAGGCGGGGGAUGAGGAUGUCGAGGCUAUGAGGGACUGCGUUGGGCUUACGAAGGAGUCGGAGCUGAAGAAGGGCGGAGAGCCAGAACAAGAGGUAGGCCAGAAGGGGCCGAGGAAGGGUGGGCUGUGGUUGGCGGGCGAGCACACGGCGCCGGUGGUGGCGCUGGGGACGACGACGGGCGCGUGGUGGAGUGGGGAAGGGGUGGCGAGGAGGAUCUGCAAGAAAUGGGGAGUGCAGGUCGUGGAGGAUGAGGAUGUUGGGGUCGAGCAGGAGGAGGUCAGGGAGAAGGUGGAGGGGGAGAGGCUCAGCGGAGGUGGACCAGGGGGCCUCGUGAAGGGGACGGCCGAUGAUAACGUAGAACGGGAUGACCUGAGAGGGCGAACGUCAUAA